AUGUAUGUCAAUCGAGGGUGUAUCGAUCUGUUUAUCGACAUUAACAAUACUCUCUAUUGUGCCAUUGAUAAUGGUAGUCUAAUAGUUAAAAUGUCGCUACAAGAUAAUACCAAUACGAUGAUAACCGCCGCGGGUACAGGCUGCGCUGGAUCUCUCCCAAAUAUGCUUGAUCGACCUUGUGGAAUUUUCGUUGACAGUAACUUUAAUUUGUAUGUGGCCGACACCGGAAAUAACAGAAUCCAGCAAUUUUCUCGUGGAGGACUAAACGGGAUAACAGUGUGUGGAAAUGGUGCUCCAGAUACGAUAGAACUCAAAACUCCAACAAGUAUUGUACUUGACGCUGAUGGCUAUCUAUUCAUUGUGGACAGCGAUAACAAUCGGAUCAUAGGAUCGGGACCAACGGGUUUUCGAUGUUUGUUCGGAUGUUCGGGUUCACCUGGCAUAGCGUCCGAUCAAUUGAGUCGCCCACGGUCUCUUGCUUUUGACAGUUACGGCAACAUGUUUGUUACUGAUAUAAAUAAUGAUCGAAUUCAAAUGUUUCUUUUGGCAACCAACUCUUGUGAUGAAACGACCAUUCCACCAAGACAAACAUCGACCACUAAUAACGAACUAGUUACUAGUACUUUCCAUUUGCAAAGCACAGCAAAUAUCACCAAGACAACUGCUGGUGAAAGCACAACACAACUCCCACGAGAUCAGCCGACUUCAGCACAACAUUUCAAUACUAAUCCAAGUUGUUUCUCACCUAUUAUCACCCUUUUCCCGAGCAUAUCAUCGUCGACAGCACCUAUACAGUUUCGACGCAGUGAAGACUUGCACAUCAGUUCAUAUAUUGAAGUGAACUGUAUUGCUUCACUUGCAGUCAUCACACAAUGGGCAGUCUUCAACUGUAGAUCAACAUGUUCUCUUCGAACAAAACUUGACCAAUCGGUGAUUACUACACUCAGUGAGUUGUUUAUUCGAGCGCGAACUUUAGCAUAUGGUCUCUACGAGCUGAAAUUGACUGUGACAAUGGUAGCCUCAACGGAUUUGAUCUCAUCGGCUUCUGUUUAUGUAAGAAUUAAUCCACCGAAUAUAAUACCAAAUCUUGUGGAAUUUGGCACGUCAAUGAUCAGCAGCGGUCAAGAGCAAGAUCUUACAUUCAACCCAGGUUCUUUUUCUGUUAACCCUGACGAGAGUACGUUUAAUUUAAGCGAUUGGACCUAUGAAUACUACUGUCGAACUUACGAUUCAAAUAAAAUUGAAGUCUUGCAAACCUUUAAUCAGACGAAUCAUUCAUGUUUCUCAAAUAGAUCGAGCAAUACGGUAGCAUGGCAGUAUGGAUCAAUAGUUCCAUCUACAUCGUCAGUAACGAUUUUUGCUGGAUCAUUGGCAUCCAAUCAAACAUAUCAGUUUGUUGUUCAUAUGGUCAAUUGUCGAGAUUUGACAUUUCAAGUCAAAGGUUUUCUAAUGGUGAAAGUGGCCGACACUAAUUCUCCAAAGGUUGCUAUAGCUUGCGUGAUCUCCACUAUGUGUUCAUUCAACGGUGAAUAUCAAAAAAUCAAUCCAAAUACACAAGUAGCUCUCUUUUCUGUUUGUCUCGACAACUGCACAUCGAUAAAAAACAUCAAGUGGAAUAUCUAUAAGGGUUCAAUGAAUUUAUCGACCGAUAUUGUCAAAUGGACUCAAAUGAACAACUCUCAAGAUAGCUUCUUUUUUGGGUGGACCACUGAUCGAACUGAACGAAUAAUGCUUGCUUUUACAACUCUGCCAACUUUAAAAAUUCGAUUACCUGCUGGCAAUGGCAACACAUCGUUACUCGUGAUGAUGGUUCAUAUCCGAGAUAUGCUAGACUGUAUGACAGAAUUUUAUAUGGAAGCUCCUGUUGUUAUUCUGGAUUUGACAGAAAUCAAUACAUUGAUCAAUGUGUUACAAGAGCCAACCAAGGGUGCAACCAUCAAUCCAUUUGUUCAACUUCUUGGCAGUGGAUAUCAAAAUACCGUAGGACAAAUCAUUAUCUUAAUCGCACAAGAACUGAAUAAGAUGAAUAAACAAAAUAUUGAAACUGCCGUUGAAAACGGUAUUUCGGCUGCAAGUAUUUCAGUAUCAUCGUUGGGUAGCGCCAGAUUGCAUGCAUCUUCUAUACCAUUGAAUAUGUCGGUCAUGAACAAGUACAAUGAAAAGUUAAACAUUCUUACCAAUGUACGCAACUAUCUUAUGAUGUUCAUAACCAAUAUGACGAUUACUACUGUGAACAGUAUCAAACUACAAGCAUCUAUACUUGCUCUACUCACUGAAGCCACAAAUCAGUUGACGCGAACAGCUUCGGAACUUGCCUCGGCCAAAUGCCACCAGCUUUCGUUUGCUUUGUCAGAGAUUGCCAAAAAGAUUUCCUACGAGGAUGCACAAUUUGCAGCCACUCUUAUUGCUCAAUGUAUCGGUAACGCUCUCACUGCCAUCAACAGACAGUUGCAAGAACGAGGAAAUGAUCUUGAUCUUGAUUCUAUCUGCGGAAAUAUUUUACCCAAUGACUACGACAAUGACUUCGAGUUUGUUAGGUCAAAUCUGAGUAAGCCUGUUUUCGUAUGA